AUAUUUAUUGCCUUUUCGUCCAUACUUAUAUAGUUAUAUUUGUUUACUCGUUUGUUUGAUUAAAGAUGCCUGAGCGUAAUUUCGAUUAGAAUAAACUCCAUCCAAUUUUCAACUUAAACAUGCUCCUAUACAAGUAAUUUAAGGUCUUGAUUAAUGAGGAUUGACGUUGCUGUAAACUUAUUGUACUUUCAAACUUAUGAGUUCAGAAUUUGAUAUUUGUUGAAUAUUUUAGUGUGUUUUAAGUACGCGGGUGCACACACAUGCUUCGGAUAAAAAAAAUAUAAAGUUCAGUUAAACCCAUAGAUUAUAGGCUUCAUCCGCCUCUCAAUGACACCUAUAAAUAAGUUACUGUAGAUUUGCAUUAUAUAUCCUCUGUUCCUUCUCUUCCCAUUAUAUUACAUUUGGCUAAUUGGUGAAGUUUAGUUUCAAUUUGCAGAUUGUCAUGGAGCUGCCAGCGGACACUAUAAUAGAAAUAUUGCAUCGAUUGCCUACAAAAUCCCUUCUGAGAUUUAAGUGUGUGUCUACAAAUUGGGCAGGGCACAUAUUUGAUUGUUGUUCUCGAAGAUUGUGUACUCGUACGAUUGGAUUCUUUUACCAAGCUAUACGUAAACGAGCCCCAAUUCAUUUUCUCCUCUCUCCCAAAGAGACUGCCAUAGAAAACUUCGACGAAUCUGUCAAUUUUCUACCUGAUAGCUUAUAUAUAAUUGCAUCAUCUAAGGGAUAUCUUCUUUGCUGUAAGCAAGAAAUAAAUCACCGACAUUACUAUGUUUACAAUCCGGCCACAAGGCAAUACCUAGCUCUCCUUGAAACACAAAUGUGCGUUAAAGAUGUGGCGAUCGGGUUUAAUUGCAAGGUGUAUGACCCAAUUGAUGUGAUUUCGUUCACAAUUGUUCGUUAUAUGGUACCUGGACGGAGGCAGGGGUUACAAUCAACUGUAACAAUCGAAAGUUUCUCUACUGAAACUAAUGUAUGGACUAAGAUCAUCCUUACACUUGAUAAUCAUAUCCGUUUUCGCCCCUUACAUGAUAACAUUUCAAAGUGGCUGACAUCAGCUGGUGCUAUUGAUGGAGUAUUCUAUUGGUUCCACGGUGGACAUCAAAUCACUGCAUACGAUACUAUGGAUAUGUGUUUCUGGUCACUGGAGUUACCCGAUACGUAUGGGAAUGCCUAUGGUAGACAUCUAGGUGUAUCAGGGGAAAUUCUAUGUUAUGCAGUGACUGAUUUAAAUACUGGUCAUAUCAACAUUUGGCACAUGAGUAGCAAUAUACGGGACAAGACAACUUUAUGGGUUAGAAAGUACAUCGAAUUAGAUGUUAUUGAAGUUGUUAACACUUGUCCGGAGACCUUGGGACUUCUACAUCCGAGAUCUAUUUAUAUCGCAAACAUGGAUUUUCACCCUACUGAGUCGCACAUUAUUUAUUUGAAUAUAUCUGGUAAAUUUAUCUCCUAUGACAUGGACAAUUCUUCUACAGAGUUAGUAUGUGAUUUUCGCAGAAGCACAACAUUCAAUUUCUUCCCUUAUGAGUGGCAAGAAUGGCCACGUUCUCUUUAA